AUGCUUCCACGCCAUGGCCGCAUAAUGGGCCUGAAGCAACGAUCGCUGCAUGUUCAUACAAGCCAUCGGCUUCCUCGUCAUUCAUUCACUCUGGGGAAUGCGGUCGACGAAGUUGCUGAUCGUGGCCGCCGCGUUGGCUGUACCAGACCCCUUCGAAAGGGGGCUCGACAGCGGGAGGACCUACUACGGCUUCGCCCGAGGGGGAAUAGCAGCAGCAUCAGCAGUAGCAUUAGUAGCAGCAACAACAACAACAACAACAGCAACAACAGGCUUAGCAGACGCAACAUAACCAGCAAAGCUUGA